UCUAGUAAAUGUUUAUCUGCAUUUGAUAUCGGGUGGGAUUUACGCCAUAACAUCCAGUUGAGGGCGGAUAUCACGGCUCCCUGCUUAUCGUGCCUAACUGUUUUUUCCCUUAGUCUCGGCCCUUCACUCUUCUCGGACCCGAUGCUCAGCCGUAUCCGGUCCCGAGUGCACUAUACGUCCUCCCCGGACUUUGAGACGUGGAACCCCUCUGCUUUACUCAAGGUCAUGUCAGAUCGUGCUUCCCUCUCGUUUCUUUACCGGGUAAUCGGGGUAACAUUAUCCCCGAUUUUACCGUACACAAUUCUAAAAGACAAAUUAUAUGUGGUAUUUGAAUGAGCAUAAUUGAUAUAGGAAAUUUAAGUAAUCAAUAUAAAAUAGUUGAGAUCGAGGUAAUGUUAAUAGCUUGAUUGUCCAUACGCAUCAAGUAAUAAAUUGGCCAACAGACCUUCCACUUUCCUAAUCAACAAUCUUUCGCUAUAAAUUACUCAUAAACAAGGCUGCUAGCAUAGCUCAUAUGCUGAAACUCGUCAUAUUUGGCACCAUGUUUUCGACGAUCGAUCUCAUGGAAUUGAUCAUAAUAUACCCUAAGCUUUUCCUCAUUUCAGUGCCAACUUUAAUAAUUGUCUUAUUUUGGUAUAUUUUUUGCAAAAGCACCGGGUCAAGAAUUUUCCUGGUAGAUUUUGCAUGUUACAAGCCCCAGAAAAACCAGCAAAUUUGCAGACAAAAUUUUCUCAAUAGAAGCAGCAGAGAACUAAAGUUUAACAGUGACACACUGGAGUUCAUGGACAGGAUCUUGCAAAGAUCUGGCUUAGGAGAUAAAACGUAUGUUUCUAAAGGCUUGUUAAGAGAUCCUCUGGAUAUGAGCACAAAAGCUGCUAAGGAAGAAGUGGAGAUGGCGGUUUUCGGAGCCAUAGAUGAGCUUUUGCUGAAAACUGGAGUUAGAUGUGAGGAAAUAGGUAUAUUGGUUUCUGUCUGCGGCGUUUUCAAUAUUAUGCCAUCAUUGUCAAGUGUCAUAGUUAAACGUUACAAGCUAAGAGAAGAUAUCCGCAGCUAUAAUAUGACGGGAAUGGGGUGCAGUGCUGGUCUUAUUGCCUUAGGACUUGUUCAAAAUCUACUCAAGGUGCACGAUAAUUCCUAUGCUCUAUUAGUAACGACUGAGAGCACCACAGACAACGUAUACAAAGGCAAUGACCGGUCAAAAUUGCUGAGCAAUUGCGUAUUUCGUGUUGGUGCGGUCGCCCUGCUCCUCUCCAACAAACCGUCCGAUCAGAAUACCUCCAAGUAUGAGCUCAUCCACACCGUCCGAUCUCAAACAGCAAACAACGAUCGCUCCUACAACUGUAUUUUCAUGGCAGAAGAUGAACAAGGACAUCGAGGAAUCUCGAUUAACAAAGAUCUCUUGUAUGCAGCUAUGAAAACCAUUCGAUCAAACAUAUCCACUGUAGCUCCCCUAGUCCUUCCUCUAUCUGAACAAUUCCGUUACUUAAUGAAUAUUAUAGUGCGGCGCUUUCGCACGGGAAGUAAAAUGGAUCCUGAUUUCUCCAGAGCAAUCGAUCACUUCUUCCCACACGUUGGCGGGAAACCAGUAUUGGAUGAUUUGCAAAAGAAAUUGGGAUUUAGCGAUGAACAAAUGGAAGCGUCUAGAAUGACGCUGUACAGGUUUGGUAACACUUCCAACAGUUCGAUCUGGUACGAAGUGGCUUAUGCGGAGGCGAAAGGUAGGGUGAAAAAGGGAGACACACUGUGGCAGAUUGCAUUCGGGUCGGGUUUCAAAUGUAGCAGUGUGAUUUGGCGGGCGACCCGAUCCAUUGAUCGCGAUGAGAUGAAUCCAUGGCGCGAUGAAAUUGAUGAGUUCCCCGUGGAUGUUAGCGAGAUCGAACCUCUCUCGGACCUAUUCCUUACUUCCAAAUAGGAAAAAUAUAUCAUUUGUCAUCAUUUCAUAAUGUCAUGGCACCAAUAAUAUGAAGAAUAAACUUACAAUA